AUGAAUCCUCUGUACAUCAUUUAUAUUCAUCUGGUGAUCAACAACAUGAUCCAACUGAUUGUGUCAGUCAGCCUGUUCAUCCUCUCCUACACCGUCUACAACAUGAAUACCUCCUUUUGUCGCAUCUUAAUCUUGAUUGCUCUUUUCACCACUGAAAACACUCCUCUGAAUCUGGCUUGCAUGGCGGUGGAAUGUUACAUCGCCGUCUGCCUGCCUCUUCAUCACAAUCGGAUCUGUACAGUCAGGAAAACAAGAAUUCUGAUCGGUCUAAUCUGGAUAAUAACCAUGUUUUCUGUUCUUCCUGAUCUUUUUGUCACCUUGGCAACUGAGCCCAUAACGUUUUUUAAUUCCAAAGUGUUCUGUCUCAGGGAGACUGUCUUCCCAAAUCCACACUUGAUAAAAAAAAGAGACGUUAUGAAUCCUGUGUAUCUAAUAACUGUUGGUUUGGUUAUUGUUUACACUUACUUCAAGAUUGAGUUCGCUGCAAAGUCGACCAACAAAGACGCCAGAAAAGCCAGGAACACGAUCCUCCUCCAUGGCGUUCAGCUCAUGUUGUGUAUGGGUACAUAUAUUAUGCCCACAUUGCGUCAUAUGACAAGAAAACACUUUCCCAAACAUUUUACAGAUGCCAGUUUUGCUGGUUACAUUGUUGUGCAGAUUUUGCCAUGA